CAAUCACAAUAGAAAAAAUAUAAUAACAUCAAAUGGGACACACAGAUUAAUAUUGAAUGCGGUUGGGCUUCCGGCAAUUGAGGGGUUGAUCUGUGUUGUGUGAUAUUGUCUGGUGAACAUAUGGGGCAGGCCCGGCAGGGUCAAAAGGACAUACUUACUCGACUUAAGCUUUCUUUCUUCGGGUCUCACGACCUUUGCUGCAACUACUUCUUUGGAAAGGCUGUCCUUGUUCUUCUUCUCCUUGCUUUUCUUUGUUUUUCAUUCGAAAGUUCAAGCAAGAGAUUCAAAGCUCAAAAAGAGUACUCUGUAGAGAAUGAAUGCGAGUCAAGCAAAGCCUUGGAAUUCUUCGGAGGAGAUGAACUCAGAGCUGUUAGCCGAUGUGAGGAUCUGAGCGCGGCAGAAGAUGCUGGCAAACAGGCUCCUGCAGCGGACACCGGGGCGCAAGGCCAUCAGUGCUCUCCUAUCUGUAUCUGGAUCUGGAUCACUAUUCUCAUAUUCGUCUACUGAUGUUUCUGUUGCUCUUGCCAUCGAUACAUCGCUGGAACAAUCCCUUGCAAGGCACGCCGCAGACGUUUUUCGAGUAUGGGGUUGCUGCACUGACGCGGAGGUGUCACAGAUCCUCGCCCGCCAUCCCUCCAUCUCCCGGAUAAGGCUCACUUCUCUCCAAUCUAAGCUUCAGGUCCUGAGACGGAUUGGCAUUAUUGGCCCGGACCUCGUCAAGGUCAUCAACUGUCGGCCUCGCUUCCUCGCCCGUCGCAUCGGCGGCCCUGCCCUUGACGCUCGCCUCGACUUCCUCCGAACCCUUUUCCGCUCCGAUGAUGACCUCCUUCGUGCCCUCGUCCGUAACCCUUCCCUUCUGAGCUACGACGUCGAAGCCGCUAUUAAACCCUGCGUGCAGCUCUACCAAGCCAUGGGCGUCGGCCGGUACCAGUUGGGUCGGCUACUCAUCUCCCGCCCCACCAUCAUUCUUCGAUCGAGGCUCGACGAUGAGAAGCUGGACCUGCUCCGCAGAACCGGCCUUCCCAGGGAUGCCACCAUGUACAAGUAUGCCCUCUGCCUCAUUGCCAUCUCCCGCCUGGACACCCUGCGCAGCAAGAUCGCUAAUUUGGAGAGGUUUGGCUUCACAAUCAAUGAGGUCAUGGGGCUGUUCGCGCGCACCCCGAACGUGCUGUCCCUCUCCGUCGACAAGGUCCAGAGGAAUAUGACCUACGUGGUAGGCGUCAUGAAGCUCUCGCCCCAUGUGGUUCUCAAGGAGCCAGCCUUCUUGUACAGCAACCUGGAGAAGGUGCUCAGGCCCCGAUAUCUGCUUGGGUUGAAGCUGCAGGAGAUGGACCUCCGCCCCCAAUUCCUUGGGCCAUCUUUGAUUCGAGCCAUUGGGAUGAAGGAGCCACGCUUUCUCAAGCAAUUCAUCACAUGCCACGGGAAGGAUGUCGCUACCCCUCUGUUGGACUUCUAUUCCCGUGUCAAGAGCUUGCCGCGUCUGGCUGAGACUUCCAGGUCCACCUCCUCGGUCAUGCGAAAGGGAAUUCCCAUCUGACGCUCCUUAUUAGUGCUCACUCGAUUCCAAAUCUUCCUCAAUUCAAUUGCAGAUUGCAGGCAACCGUUCCUAUUUUCCAUUUCAGUACCGUGUAUGGCAGACACGAUAGUCCAAGCUUAGUGAAAGUGUUCUCUGCUCCAAUUGAUGAUCAAUUUGCAUACCUGGAUAGAUUACAGGCCUAGACUCUACAAUGAACAUUUCUCAGGAAAGGAAAAUCUUUCAAACUUGUAAUUAUUGUUAUUUAUUUGGUGAGAUUAGAUGAUUUAUUUUCAUGAAACAUGUCUACAUGAGUUUACUGCUCUCCGUGAAUAAGACUAAUGCAUUCAUCAAGCUCGGUUCUGGGAA